AUGAGUGAGGAGGAGUCCGAAACCCGAAGAAGCCGAGGCGGUUUUGCAGCUGCGAGCACUGGAGGACAAGUCGGACGAGAUCUUGGCCCCCGAGACCGAGAUCCACCACCCGCCUACGAUGGCGAGAACCCGGAAGUUACCUUCCGGCAAUACGAGAAACAGCUUGCCCUCUGGGAAUUCGAGACCGAAGUCCCGAAGGCCAAACGCGCUGUGAAGAUGCUGCGCCAGCUUUCUGGAGUGGCCUCCACGGCGGUCGACGACCUGGAGGUCUCCGAGAUUGCCUGCGAGGACGGCGUCAAGAAUGUGUUGGGUAAGUUGAGGGAGUUCUUCAUGCCGCACCUUGAAGUAUCCCUUCCCAGGGCCUUCGAAACGGCCGUCUACGGCCAGCCCAGGGGAAGCAAAGAAUCCUUCGCCGAAUACACGAAGAGGAUGGAAAGAGCAUUCACCAACCUGGCGAAGGAGGGUGUGGAUUUGCCGGAUGGAGCCAAAGGGUACAUCAUGUACCGACAGGCUUCAUUGAGUGAGGCUCAGGAUCAACGACUUCUGACCUGGGCUCAAGGCAAGUACGGUUGCGGGGACAUCACUGUCGCCCUGCGGCGACUGGACAAGGUCAUUCGUGAGAAGGACAAGUCCAAAGGGGGCUACAUCAUGGAGGAGACCUUCGCCCAUGAGAACCAGGCCGGUAACCACUACGACGGGGAGAACGACGACUACCCGGCUUGGGAGGACGAGGACGACAACUACGUCUUCCUGGCGGAGGGCGAUUUGGAUGAAGUGAUGGACGAACAAGACGUCCUGCAGGCCCUUGCAUCGUAUCAUGACACCCGACAGGCAUUGAAAGAUCAGCGCCUGAGUCGAGGCUACUUCCCGGGCAAGGGCAAAGGCAAGGCAGAGAGCAGAACCUUCUUCGUGGGCCUACACCCUGAGAGUCCAGAAUUUUCCACUGCGCAGCAAGACUUUUGGCUGCGUCAAUUUGUGAAGGAGAACCGGGCCCGACAAGGGGUACCGAUGAACCUGAAGCCGGCAGCCAACUCCUCGGAGAUAUACAUGAAGCGGGCAUGUAUGGUCAAGGAGGGGAAGGUGAACUUUUGCGGGAUCACCACGGAAGCAAUAGAGGGCGUAGUGGACACCGCGGCCGAGGGUGGUUUGAUUGGGAAAGAACCACUACUUCGUCUCGAACGAGAACUCGUCAUCGAAUUUCGCUAUCGCUUCGAGAGCUCACCAGCGGCCAUGCUCAAUCAGACUGCUCAGCUUUUCAAUUCGAUCGAUUGCCCAAAGACGCCUCCAGCUCACCUCAACCUCAUGGCGUCGCUCCUUCAGAAAGCAAAGGCAUUGGUGGGCGCAACACCUUCCACGGACCCGGUGCCGAUGGAAGUCGGGCAUCGUCUGUGGAACUCCAAGGUUCCACUCAAGAAUUGGCGCGUCGUGCUGGACAAGAUCGGCAUCCUUCUGGUCUUGGCAGCACUACAGGACACCACAGAGGCCUGGUGUUUGGAUUGGGACUCGCAGCGGCCGGGGCGCAAAUCUAUGGCCAGCAUCGAGGACUACUACUCGGAGGUGAUCAUCAAUGCACCGGUGCUGAAGCCCCUGCAGAGCAAAGUUGGUCCCACUACUUCCGCGAGUGCAUGCGUGCACCCCAAAGCACAGCUGAAAGGUGGGGGCAACGGCUCGAGUUCUUACAUCGUGUGCCGAGCGUGCCACACCAGGUGGGCCCAUUCAGAGCGGUCCGCCGACAUCCGGAAGAAGAUCAAGGACGGCCCCUUGAGCGUGACUUACAAGGCGGAGGACCCUACAUCCCCGAAGGCUUCGGGUACAAGUUCGAUAGUGCCGAGAACGCCGACAAGGAGCGAAGGCCGGAUGAUCGACGAACACCUGAUAGCCACCCCAUCCUCCGGGGAAGAAUCUUUGAUGUCGAUGAAGCAGGACCUCCAGACGCAGCUGGACACUCAUGUUCAGAUCAUGAUGCAGCAGCUUCGAAACGAGCAGGCCGCGACCACGAUCCACCUGUCGCAACUCAAUGCCGUCCAGCUACAACAGAUCUCGGAGGAGGUGAAGAGAACGGCAGUGGCCAAUCGAGAGCAAGAAGUUCGGCAGGAGAAGCUCAUGCAGAUGCUCAUCAACGCCCGGAACCCGGAGGGCUCGCAGGAUCCGAGGGCAAGCUCCAGGAGGUCUCCACCGCCCAAAGUCCACAAGGAGUGCAAGUGCGGCAAACCUGCGGAGGCAUUGGUGGUCAAGAAAGAGGGACCUCGCAAAGGCCGCAUGUUCUGGAAAUGUGUCCAGCGGAAGUGCGACAUGUUCGAGUGGAUUGCGGAGGAGGACCAGGCGGACAUCGACGAGGUGAAGACGGCGGCAUCAUCACUGAAUCCACGGAGGUCCAAGAGCCCGAAGAGGGAGGCCUCGGCGGCAGCUCCUAUGGUGGCCAUGGCAUCGCCGGCGACGAGUUGGGCCCGAGUGUCAGUGCACAGCAGCCGGGCGGAGAAUGUCUAUGGCACGUUUUGGAAGAUGACUGUCGAUGGAGGCUGGCAAGAAGAGCAUGGGGAGAUUCCCAAAGAGAGUGCGGAGAUCUACGUGCAAGUCCGAGCCAGCAGAAGAGGAGACUUUCAGGACCAAUGGGAAGAUGCCCGGACGACUCACCUCACCAGGAAGAACCGCCAGUUUUGGACUAAGGCCAUCAAGAAGACUGAAGAGACCUUCAAGAAGACGAUAGCCGAGCUCUACAGUCCUCCCAGGGUAGCAUCUACUAUGAACCGGAAGGGCUAUGACACGGGCACCAGCUUUGACCUCGCAACCGGAUGGGAUCUCAGUUGCCCAUCGGAUCGCAAAGCAAUGUGGAAAGCCUUGAGAGAAGAGAGCCCCAUGGUCAUUGUGGCCUGUCCCCUAUGUACCGCAUUCAGCAGGAUGCAGGCGGUGAACUGGGGAAGGAUGACUCAAGCCAAGAAGGUUCACCUCCUGAAGACAGGAAAAGAGCACCUGCACCUGGCGAUUGCCGUGAUGAAGUGGCAACUGCGACGAGGAGGAGCGAUCCUGUUCGAGCACCCUGAAGGAGCAACUUCCUGGCAGGAUCCGCAGCUGCAGUCACUAGCAGCUCAAAGGGACGUCAAGACUGUGGUGUGCGAUCAAUGUAUGUUCGGGCUGAAUGUGGAUGGCCAAGGCUUGAACAGAAAAAGGACGAGGUGGUUGUCCAACAUGCCACCGGUUCUGGAGGCGCUCAAUGUCAAGUGCGACCGGACCCAUUUCCAUGUGCCGCUAGAGAAUGGACGACCCAAGUUGGCACAGGUUUAUCCAGAGAGACUCUGUCAGGCAGUGGCCCGAGGAAUCAUCGAGUACCUCAACGGCAAGGACAUCUACGCCCACGAACUUGAGGAUGGCGGUGAAGACGAAGAAGAGGAGGAGGUAGACGAUGGACCAGAUCCCGGAGCCGAUGAAGGCCCCGGAAACUAUGAGCCGACGGAGGAGGAGAAGAAGUCCAUCAUGAAGGUCCACCGAGCAGUCGGACACCCACAGCAGAGAGAAUUCAUCAGGUUUCUCCGAGCUGCCCGAGUACGAGGAGAACUCGUGCAAUGGGCAUCCAAGGGGUUCCGCUGCGACAUCUGUGAGGCAAAGCGGCAUCCGAAGGCACCUCGACCUACAGCAAUUCCUAGGGCAUACCAGCCAAACAGAGUGCUGGGAUUGGACCUCUUCUAUGUGCCGGCGCCCGGAGAUGGCAAGCAGACGACACCAGUGCUGAACAUCCUGGACUGGGGCACGAACUACCAGAUGUGUGAAGUGCUCGCCGGAAAACAUCCCGGAGAGGUCUGGGAGGCGUACCAGUCUACAUGGGCUCGGACGUUUGGCCAUCCCGAGGUGAUCACCUGUGACGCAGGCCGAGAGUUCCUGGGGGAGUUCAUCCAACGGGCAGCAAAUGAAGGCAUCGUGGUGCACCAGAUCGCAUCAAAGGCCCCGUGGCAGCAGGGCAAAACCGAGAGACAUGGUGGCCACUUCAAAGAAUUGCUGGACAAAGCCAGAAGCGAAGUGGUCAUUCAAACCACCAAGGACUUGAAGCAGCUCAUGACUGAGGUUGAGCAGGCGAAGAACAGGUACUCCAACCGUUCAGGUUUUGCACCAGUCCAACGGCAAAUAGGGCAGUGGCCAAGGCUGCCGACCUCCGUGCUUUCAGAUGAAGCCAUCGACCCAACGCUGCUGAAUGGGGUGCUCACGGACGACAUCGAGAAGCUCCACCACAUGCGAAACAUCGCGCACAAGGCCUUCUGUGAGCACAAUGCGAAAAGAACCCUUCAAAGGGCCAUGAAGGCCAGGCCACGGGUCUGGAUUGACUACAAGCCAGGAGAGUAUGUCUUCGUCUUCCGAGUCCCAAAGCUGAAGAAAAGGAAGCGUGGAGGCAUUGCCGAUGACACGGCCACAUCAACCAAAGCACGCUGGGUGGGCCCUGGCGUUGUCAUCGCACCAGACGGAGCCAAUGUGUGGAUAUCCAUGUUUGGAGAACUCUGGAAAGUGGCCCGAGAACAAUGCCGACAUGCGACCACCGACGAGAAGACCGGGAUCGAAGCUGUGCUCCAAGAAUGUCAGGAGCUCAUUGAAGAGUUCAAGAGAGGCUCACACCGAACAGGCUACAAAGAUAUCACCCAAGAAGACCUACCUCCAGAAGAAGGAGAAGGAGAAGGAGAUGAACAAGACCAGCGAGUACAGGACCCUCGCACCAACUUCCUGCAGCCCUCGGAGGUGAUUGAGUAUACGCCGGAGCUCAUGGACGAAGAUGAUGAGCCACCAGGUGAUGAAGAAGUCGUGCCAAAGAGGAGAAAGUCAGUGAACGAGCCUGAACAAGAAGAGGUACCAUCCUCCAAGGCUAGCAGCGACGCCGGCAUCAAGGAAGCACGACAUCAUCCUGGCUUUCCUGAAGGAGUCCCGGAGACGCCGGCACGGCCAUCGACCCUAACCGGGGGAAAUCGCCUGGAGCACCGAGCCGAGGCAACUUCCAUGCAAGGAGCUCUACGCCUCUCCGAACAACAAGCCAAUCGACUCGAUGGAGUUCCUGGUCCAUUGACAGGUCCCAUAUACCGCUGGCAGCAACGACAAGGGCAACAUGCACACAUCGCGCCCUACCUGGGAACAUCCGAAUGGUUUCUAGCUGAAGACGCGGAGAUCGACGAGGAGACCAACCUGGGCCGAAUGCAGAAACUCCAAGCACUGGAGCAAAGAAGGGCAGAAAGAGACUACUGGCACAUCGACUGGGAAGCCGGAACGAUGGAGAGGCACCACCUGAGGAAGAGGAAGACGAAGUUCAGCCCUGAACAUGGUCCAGAAGGUCCACUACCAAGCUCGUUCCUCUCCACAGACCGACAAACGCAUGUGAGAAGAGCGGGCACAACCACCAUAGAAAGCGACAGCUGGAUCAAUCCACAAAACCAGUGGCGAGAAGAGCUAUGGAGGGGCAAGACGAUCUUCUACAUCAAGAACAUUGAGGAGGCCAAGGUCUAUGCGACUGAGAAGAAAGGACAAGAUGAUGUCAUCCUCUCUCGAGAAAGUCCACAAGAUCGAGAAGAGUGGAAGCUCUCCGACCUCUCCGAGUGGAACAAGGUGACCCAAAGUGGAGCAGUGGAAGUGCUUGGCUUAGAGGAGUCCCAAAGAAUUCGUCAAGAACUCCGAGACCAAGGACAAGAGGCUCGCCCGAAAGGACGGCCAGACCAGUUCCGAUUUGAGAAGGUUUGGAAUCAAAGAGAAACCUUGGAACUGUAG